ACACCAGGAGCCUCCAGUUUUUGGGGGCUGUUCCCUGGGGAGGCUUCAUCAGUGACAUCACAGGGAUGGCCACCUCCCACAGCCUACUUGAGGCGCCGCCCAGGGCCCAGGAGCCCGGACAGCCCAGGAGAGGAGCGGGACUUGGAGCCUGCGGAGGGAGAGGGGGAGUCUGCGGCAGCUGGGGGCAUCCUCGCCCCCUUCAGGUAACAGCAGAAUGUCUGUGCUGAGCACACAGGGUGUGUUCGUGGGUGCCCAUGAGCUGCAGGGGAGAAAAGCAGAGGAAUGGCUACGUUCCUCAGUGAAAUAGGCGGUGCUUGCUGUACACAGUAUUUCUUAAGACACAAAGUGAGGAGAAGCAGGAGGUCUUGGGCGUGCCCGCAGAAGUCUGCCUCCCGUUCUCACUGAGCCACUCUGAGAAUGGAGCGAUCCACCCGGGAGCUGUGUCUCAACUUCACGGUCGUCCUGAUCACUGUUAUCCUGAUGUGGCUCCUGGUGAGGUCCUAUCAGUACUGAGAGGCCAUGCCAUGUUCCUGGGACGGACUGCGAUGCUCCAGAGCUGCCCGCCUAUGUCCUGAGACCCCACUGCUGCCAUGGAUGCCUGUCCUGGCGCCCCACAGCACUUGUGACCUGCACUCACAGGAUCCGAGGCUAGGAUUCACUGCGUGUGCUCUAAAGAGGCUGCCAGGUGUUUGCCAGUGAGCGUUACAUUUAUUCCCCAACUCUUACUGCAAAUGUGUUAGACAAGCCACAAGGUUAGAAUUAAACUGGAUUCCUGAUGAUGCAGAAUUGUAA